AACAAACAUGGCAGCCUCCUGGAUAACAGAAGCUUAUCACUGAGAAUAACAAUCCGAAACAAGCUUUUUUCUCCUGCCAUAUUAUUUACUUGAUUUAAUUAAAGUAAAUAGAAGUAAUACAAUGAUUUAAAUGUUACUGGGUUAACUAAGACAAUGGGCACUCUGAAAGAUAACAAAGAUGUAGCCUGCUAUUUUAUUACAAAGCAUUCCUGGAAGGGAAAAUACAAAAGAAUUUUCUCAGUUGGCACGCAUGGCAUCACCACCUACAAUCCUGCAACUUUUGAAGUCACAAAUCAGUGGGCCUAUAAUGAAUUUAUCAGCAUUGUCCCUAACACCAAAGCAGUCAACAAUCAGGAGUUUAUCAUCUCAAUGAAAAAGGGGGCAAAAAAAACUGACUCUAUGAAAUUUUCUACAGACCACAGAGCUGAUCUUCUCACUGAGGCUCUGAGAUACAGAGAGCAGUUUGCAGAUCCUAACAACUUCACUGCUCGUCGUUUUAAUUGCUUUAAGCAUCAUUGGUCAGAAAAUAGAGUAGCAGUUCUAUUAGAGGUUAAUCAAGGCUCACUAGACCAGGUUGAUCCAUCUAGCAAGAAAAAACUCUGCUCAUAUGAUUAUAAGGACAUUGAAGGUCUGCAGCUGUUAUCAGAUUAUCCUGGAGGAGUGGCCAUUAUCUAUGGAGGCUUCAGCAGGCUGCACCUGUUUGCGCUAGAGCAAAGAGAUGAAUUAUGUAAAGCAAUAUCGGAAGCAGGUGCAGCAUAUGUCGGAGUUUUCAUAAGGACUAGGAAAGAAACAAUGACUUUAGAACAAUUUCAGAUGCAGAGGUUAGGAAAAUACAGCACUGAUGAAGCUGUUACAUCCUAUGCGGAAUUCACAGUCCAGAAAGUGUCUGUUAGACAUACAGACAGUGUGAGGCGCACAUUAUGCCUAACUGAGACUUGUCUGGUGGAGCGAGAUCCAGCCACUUAUAAUAUUUGCACGUGUAAACCUUUGUGUGAUGUUUUUGCAAUAAAUAGAGAUGCGGAGAAUCCACAGAAGUUCAGCGUUGAAUAUGUUAAGGGGGCCAUCAGGAUAUAUCUUUCCACAGACAGAGAUUCUCUGAUUGCCUCUGUUUUGGAUGGUGUGCGAGCUUCUGGAAACAGGGAUGUUUGUGUCAAAAUGCAUAACACUCCACGGGGAUAUCGUCUAGGGCCUUUCACAGUGCCAGUAGAUGAAGAGGUAGAAGCCACCCAUCUCAAGUCCUUGCAAUCACUUCCAGGUGGCAUAAGCUUCAAUGAAGCCGUGUUCCGAUUUAAUGCUAAUAUUUCCUACAGUGGCUUGUUGCAUGCAGUAACAGCUGAGGGUCUGUUUGCCCAAAACAAAGAGAAGCUGAUAAACCUUGCGCUACAAGCAUUGAUUGAGAGAGAAGGUGAUCAAGAGAAAGUCAGCAAUGAAUGUCUAGAGGCCCAGUUCCAUGCCUUAAGGAGACUUGUGGCCUCUAAAGCAGGCUACCAGGGUUUUACAGAGAUUCCAAAAAUGAGAGAGAAGGUUGGAUUAAAGGUGAUCAAGGCUUUGAAGAGAAAAGAUGAUGCAAUCACACAUGCAGCCAUUGACAUGCUCUGUGCUCUAAUGCAGCCCAUGCAUGACAACUAUGACCUAAGGCAGGAACAGCUCAAUAAAACAUCACUCAUGUCUUCUAGGAAGUUUCUGGAAAGUUUGUUAGAAAUGUUUAAUGACCAUGUGGUCCACAACACUGGAGCUCUAGUCAUUGCAGCCAUGUUGGACUUUUUGACCUUUGCCCUGUGUGCACCUUACAGUGAGACAACAGAUGGCAGCCAAUUUGAUUCUUUGUUAGAAAUGGUUGCAGCCAAUGGCAGAGUUGUUUUCAAAUUGUUUCAGCACCCAUCAAUGGCUAUUGUAAAAGGUGCAGGCUUAGUUAUGAAAGCCAUUAUUGAGGAAGGAGAUGCUGAGAUUGCAGCUAAAAUGCAAGACCUGGCUUUAUCAGAAGGCGCUUUGCCAAAACAUUUGCACACUGCCAUGUUCACACAGAGCACAGACAGUAGGAUGCUUACCAAUAGGCAGCUGAGUCGUCAUUUAGUUGGGUUAUGGGUCACUGGUCAUCCAACAGCCAUGGGACUUUUAAAACGAAUUUUGCCCACAGGUCUGAUGACCUAUCUUGACUCCACUGAUGAUGUCCCAGUUUCUGAGACUGACCGCCUACAUAUACGGGAUAAUGUCAAGCUAGCUCAGGACCAUUUUAACAAGAAUAAACGUAACCAACAGCUCCUUCUGCUUGAAAAAAAAAUUGAUAACUUGCUCCAGCACUGGAGAUCCCGCAUAGGUCUUGAUAAUAAACAGCAGCAAAAUGAAAAGCCAAUAGUGCUGAGAAAAAGAAGACAAAGGAUCAAAAGUGAAGCCAAUUGGCCCUUAUUUUACUACUACUUUAAUCAGGAUCAUUCCAAGCCCAACUUGAUAUGGAACUAUAAGACUAGAGAAGAAUUGCGUGAGAGUUUAGAGAAUGAAAUGAGAGCCUUCAGUGUGGAUAAAGAAUUGGGUGCCACCUUUAUUGUAGGCUGGAACCACACAGAGUUUGAGGUGCCAUACCACUGUCUAGCUGAUGAAAUCAAAAUAGGUGACUACUACCUAAGGCUGCUGCUUGAAGAAGAUGACGAUGAAGCUUCAGAAGAAACCAGUGCUAUCAAAAAGUCAUACGAGUUUUUCAAUGACCUUUACCAUCGUUUCCUGCUGACCCCCAAAAUUCCAAUGAAGUGUAUGUGCCUGCAAGCUAUGGCUAUAGUCUAUGGCAGAUGUCAUGAGGAGAUUGGUGCUUUCAAUGAUACCAGAUACAUAGUUGGCAUGUUGGACAGGUGCACGGACAAGCUAGAACGUGAUCGUCUGAUUCUCUUCCUCAACAAACUCAUCCUGGACCAAAGAAAUGUCAAAGAACUUAUGGAUGCCAAUGGUGUGAAAACUUUAGUGGACCUCUUGACCAUUGCCCACCUGCACACAACAAGAGCAACUGUCCCGUUACAGACCAAUGUGAUAGAGGCAGCACCUGACAUGGAGAGAGAAAGUGAGAGAGAAUGGUACUAUGGCAACAAAGAGAAAGAAAGACUGGGACCUUUUAGUUACACUGAGAUGAAAAACUUGUAUGAAGAAGGAACUGUCCAUGCAAAGACCAGAUGCUGGGCUCAAGGAAUGGAUGGCUGGAAACCAUUGCAGUCUGUCCCCCAACUCAAGUGGAUGUUGCUAGCCAGCAGUCAGCCUGUCAUGAAUGAAACUGACAUGGCCACACUUGUACUCAACAUGCUCAUCAAAAUGACAGAAUACUACCCUAGUCGUGACUCUGAUGGUGCCAUCAUUCGUCCCUUGCCUAGGAUCAAAAGGAUCCUAUCUGAUGCCACUUGUCUGCCUCACAUUGUGCAGUUGUUGCUAACCUUUGACCCAGUCUUAGUGGAGAAGGUUGCAACUUUGUUGUUCCUGGUGAUGCAAGAUAAUCCCGGCAUCUCACGCCUCUACCUGUCAGGUGUCUUUUUCUUUAUCAUGAUGUACACAGGCUCCAAUGUCUUACCAGUGGCUCGCUUUCUCAAGUACACACACCUGAAACAGGCAUUCAGAUCAGAGGAGAACACGUCCUCAGACAUCCUCUCCCGCAGUGUACUGGGCCCCAUCCUACCUGAGGCCAUGGUGUGUUACCUGGAGAACUACUCAGCUGAGAAAUUUGCUCAAAUUUUCCUUGGAGAGUUUGAUACACCAGAGGCUAUCUGGAAUAAUGAGAUGAGGCGCAUGAUGAUCGAGAAGAUUGCAUCUCACCUUGCAGAUUUCUCUCCUCGACUACAAAGCAACACAAGAGCACUGUAUCAGUAUUGCCCCAUUCCCUCCAUCAACUACCCACAGCUAAGCAAUGAACUGUUCUGUAAUAUUUACUAUCUCAAGCAUCUUUGUGACACAACACGUUUUCCUGACUGGCCAAUCAAGGAUCCUAUUCGUUUGUUGAAAGAUAUACUGGAGGCAUGGAAGAAAGAGGUUGAGAAAAAACCCCCCACCAUGUCAUUAGAUGAAGCAUACAAAGUUCUGAACCUUUCUAAGGGCACAGGAGGGCAUGAUGAAUCAAAGAUUCGUAAAGCCUACUUUAAGAUGGCACGUGACUACCAUCCUGAUAAAAAUCCUGAAGGAAGAGAAAUGUUUGAGCAAGUGAACAAAGCUUAUGAGUUCCUGUGCAGCAAAACAAAAGUCAAAGAUGGACCUGACCCACAGAACAUUGUACUCAUUUUAAAGGCUCAAAGCAUUCUCUUCAGCCGUUACAAAGAUGAGCUCCAGCCAUACAAGUAUGCCGGCUACCCAAUGUUAAUCAAGACCAUCAGGAUGGAGACCAAUGAUGACCAGCUGUUCAGCAAAUCUGCUCCUCUUCUCUCUGCAGCCUCUGAACUAGCCUUUCACACUGUCAAUUGUUCAGCCCUUAAUGCUGAGGAGUUACGCAGAGAAAACGGCAUCCAAGUACUACAAGAUGCUUUCUCUAGAUGUGUAAAUGUUCUCAAUCAGUCAAGUAAACAAGAAGAGACAGCAGUCAAUGUGUGUACAUACAUUGCUAAAUGCUAUGCUGUGUCUGCACAAUUUGAAGGAUGUAGAGAAAAAAUUCAAGAGUGCUCUGCUAUAAUCAAAGACCUUUGUCGUAUUUUAUACUACAAGAACCUUCCAAAAUUGUGUGCAGUUGUGUGUGAGUGUAUCAGUGCAUUUUGUGUGGAUUUUUGGCUCCAGACAAACCUGUUCCAGGCAGGUGUCUUAUGGCACCUGCUCCUGUACCUGUUCAACUAUGAUUACACACUAGAAGAAGGGGGGGUGGAGAAAAGUCAGGAAAGUAAUCAACAGGAAGUGGCUAACUACCUAGCUAAGAUGAGUGUAAUUGCAUGUGGGAGACUUGCAGGAUUCUUCAGUAAUGAAAGUGAGCUGAGCACUCCAGACAAUCCAUCAGUGAAGAAGUCCUUAUAUUCACUUCUGACCCCGUACCUGGCCAGAAAACUGUCCAAUGAAAGUCCUGUUGAAUGUGGUGCAGGCAGUAGGGCUGAGUGGCUGUUGAAAAUUUUAAACAGCAAUACAGAAAAUCCAUACCUGAUGUGGGACAAUGGUACAAGAGCACAGCUAUGUGAAUACCUUGGUGACCAACAGCAAAAUAUUAUCAAAACUGGUGAGUGUGAUCCCAGCUAUGGAGCCACCUUUGUUUUUGAAAUACACAGCAAAGAACUGAUAGUUGGAGAGAUAUUUGUCAGGAUCUUCAAUGAACAACCUACUUUUGUUCUUGAGAAUCCCAAGGGCUUUACCAUAGAUCUACUGGACUUUCUAGGGUCACAAGCUCAGUAUCUCCAUUCUCUACUGAUGCUGCAACAACAACAGCUAGCCAGCCCGUCAACUGACCAUUUAACUAGACUUGCUCAGAUAGAGAUGGCUCUUGAGGCUUUGAGAAACAUCAUUAAGGCCAGUCCAGGUGUAGAAAUCCAAUGUAUCGGCCACUUUAAACUGUUGUUUGCUCUGCUACGGAUGGAGGAGUUUUCUAGACUACAACAGUUCACUAUAGAGGUAAUCAAUUGUGUCACAGCCAACCAAGAAUGUGUCAAAGAUAUUGCAGCAUCUGAGGUGCUUGGCUACCUACUCUUUUCAUUACAAAGUGUUCCAUCCUGUCGUCUUCUAACAUUAGACAGCCUGUUUGCUCUCAUGUCCAACACUAAAAUUGUCAAGGAAGCCAUGACCAAAGGUUGCCUGAUCUACCUGCUUGACCUUUUCUGCAACUCCACCAACCCAGCUGUGAGAGAGAAAACAGCCGAGCUGUUUGCAAAAAUGUUGUCUGACAAGUUGGUUGGGCCAAAAGUCAGGAUUUUGCUGGCCAAGUUUUUGCCUUCCAUUUUCAUGGACGCCAUGAGAGAUUCACCUGAAGCCGCAGUUCAUAUGUUUGAAGGUUCUCAUGAAAAUCCAGAGCUCAUAUGGAAUGAUGACGCCAGAGAAAAAGUUUGUAACACAGUGAAAAAUUUAAGGCAAAAACACUACCAAUCCCAGAAGGAAGAUGCCAAUGCUAAAUGGAGCAUGCGUGAGGAUGACGAGGUGGUUUACUCUGACAUCCAAGGGGAACUGGUAGUGGGGGGUGUCUUCCUGCGCCUCUUCAUCUCCAACCCUGCCUGGGUACUCAGGAGGCCAAAAGAGUUUUUGACAGAACUCCUGGAACACUGGACCAAAGUCACUGCUAACCCUAACCCUGAUGGAGAAAUGCUGGAGACUCUAACCACGGCCAUCGUGUGUUUAUUUCAAGCCCAGUCAGCCCUACUGGACCAAGUGCCCUCCCUGGGGUACAUCCCCCGCGUGUUUGCAGCCAUGAACUCAAAGAACAAUGCCAUACCUAAGUCAGCAGUACAAGUGUGCCACCAGCUGGCUUACAAUGAGCUGUGCAUUAGGAGUAUGACUAGCAUUGAUUGCAUUGGGCCAAUCAAGGGUGCCAUGAGAGCAAGGAAAGAUGCCAUUGGACUCGCUGCUGAGGCCUUGUCCAAGAUGUUUGACAAGGGGGAAGAUGAGUUGGUUCAGCAGGCACUAACAGCUGAACUGAUUCCCUAUUUACUGAAGCUGCUGGAGGGUGGUCUAGAAGCCAUGGAGAACCCUGCCUCCACCAAAGCUCAAAUUGUCAGAGCUUUGAAGUCUAUGCAGAGAAGUUUGGCCCAUGGAGAAAAGGUGACUGACUUAUUAGAUAAAUCACCCAUCUGGAAAGAUUACAAAGACCAAAGGCAUGACCUUUUUAUUACAGACACAAAUAUUGCAGGCUAUCUUACAGGCCCUACAGGCCCAAGUGUGGCAGGCUAUCUGACGGCUGGAACCAUGAGAUCAACCAUGCCAGAUGUUCCACCUCCAAUAGACCAUGAACACCAGGAAGAAAAUCCAAGGUCCUCUUCUUUCACCUAAUGUACUCUCCAAUAGCACAUAGGAUAUAUUUGCUCCUGAAUUACAGCAGGAUUUGGAUCAGUUUGCUUCUUGUCUGUAGAUGUUACCACUCUAAAACAAAUGUUGGAGUUGUACAGCAUUUUGUCACAUCUUGUCUUUCCAAAGUUUAAUGCUGGUCAGCAUUUCUUGUUGACCUUAUAAUUAGUCAAUAAUUUAUGUCCACAUUUUUCCAAAAUUUCCUUUUUUUUUUUUUGAGUACUUGGUAGUACCAAAGUACCUGGUAGAGCUAAAUACUGAGUACUACUCAAGUAUUUUGUGAAGCUAUUAUUUCCCAAAUUAUUUUUAAUAUUGUUUUUCACUGAACAAAAGUACUCUGAUUAAGUUAAUUUUAUUAUAUAAUUGCUGUCUUGCUGAUACUUUAUUUUUUAUCUAUUCUGUCAAGCUGAUACAUAGUUUUUUAUCUUCUCUAGUUUUCUUUCUUCUGCUAAUUUUUUUUUUCCUUACCUGACUACGUGAUAAUGUUUUAUGAGAAGUUUCCAUGUGUAAACUGUGGAAUGUUUUCUUCAGAAGGCAAUAUUUGAAUUGAUGUCACCCUUCAUGGUCUCUCCAGUCAGCCUUUAAAUAGAAUUUAUUCACGAUGUCAAUUUUGACUAUUUGCAUGGCUACUUUUAAGUUAUAGAGAUUGUUCUACGAAUGAAUAAAAAACAAAAGAGAUUUUAGUGAAUUCAUAUUUGUAUUGAUCAAACUAUGUUUUAUGGCUGUGGUUUCUGAGGUUUUGUAGUUGGGUUGGUUGGAUCAAAUAGCUGAGAGUAACAUUUUGGGCUAGGGCUAUAAGUUUAGAAUUUUGUUUAAUUUACUUUGAAACUUGGCAUAGAACACCAUUGGCCACAGCUAGCCAGAUGACCAUUGGCCACAGCUAGCCAGAUGACCAUUAGCCACAGCUAGCCAGAUGACCAUUAGCCACAGCUAGCCCGAUGACCAUUGGCCACAGCUAGCCAGAUGACCAUUAGCCACAGCUAGCCAGAUGACCAUUAGCCACAGCUAGCCAGAUGACAAUUAGCCACAGCUUAAUAUUUAACCCUAGCCCCUCAUGUCCAGCCUACCCAUGUUAAUUACUGAGGGCUCAAUAUAUCUUUAUAAUAAUCUGUGUUUACUUCUUAGAGCCGAAAGGUCACAUUUUUAUUAAAUGUCUAGUUAAUUUGUUUGUGGUUGGUAUACAACAUGUAAUGAGUUAAUUUGCAAGUGGCUGUUAAUGUUGAGAUGUAUCACAUUUGACUUCUGGUACAUAGCCCAACUUGGACUGAAUGUUAGCUAUUUUUUAGAUAUGAAUAAUGUUGAAACAUUUUUACAUUCAAGCGCAAGCCAUUCUUCAGGUGACCAAAUCUAUUGAGGCCACAACCACAGUUUAUCUUAUGCUUCUUGCGUACAAGUGUGUAAAAAUAGUUUUAUCUGUCAUUUCUUCUUAUUUCAUUGACAUGAUUCUUGUUUGACUUUUGUGUACUAUUCACUAAUGUUUUUAUAAAAUGCUAUGAAAUUGUGUUAAUCAUUCAAUACUGUUCUGUUGGCUGUAAAAAAAAAUUAUAUCUACUAUAAUGACAUAAAAAUGUUUGAUAAUUAAAUGUAUAAUAAAUGCUCUACUAAUU